AUGAUGCCCUUUCCGGUGACGACCCCGGGAGCACAGCAGACCCCGCCGCCCCCCAAGCUCCGCGGCAUCUCCUCCCCCAUCAGCUUGGCCGCCCCCAAGGAGGCAGACUGCGUACUUACGCAGAAAUUAAUUGAAACCCUGAAGCCCUUCGGGGUUUUGGAAGAGGAAGAGGAACUGCAGCGCAGGAUUUUAAUUUUGGAGAAAUUAAAUAAUCUGGUAAAGGAAUGGAUACGAGAAAUCAGCGAAAGCAAAAGCCUCCCGCCGGCUAUAAUCGAAAACGUUGGAGGCAAAAUCUUCACGUUCGGCUCCUACCGACUAGGCGUGCACACGAAAGGCGCCGACAUCGACGCGCUGUGCGUCGCGCCGAGACACGUCGACCGAAGUGACUUCUUCUCCUCCUUCUACGGUAAACUGAAGCUGCACGCAGAAGUGAGAGACUUAAGGGCUGUUGAGGAGGCCUUCGUGCCGGUUAUCAGGCUGUGUUUCGAUGGCAUAGAGAUUGACAUUCUGUUUGCGAGGUUAGCACUGCAGACUAUUCCGGAAGACCUGGACCUCAGAGACGACAGUCUGCUGAAAAAUUUAGACAUUAGAUGCAUACGAAGCCUUAACGGUUGCCGGGUAACGGACGAAAUACUACACCUGGUACCAAACAUCGACAACUUCAGGUUAACUCUCCGAGCCAUCAAGCUGUGGGCCAAGUGCCACAACAUCUACUCCAACAUACUGGGUUUCCUGGGAGGGGUUUCCUGGGCCAUGCUAGUGGCCAGGACGUGCCAGCUGUACCCCAAUGCAGUAGCAUCGACCCUUGUGCGGAAGUUCUUCUUGGUGUUUUCUGAAUGGGAGUGGCCAAACCCAGUGCUGCUGAAAGAGCCCGAAGAACGAAAUCUUAAUUUGCCUGUGUGGGACCCAAGAGUGAACCCCAGUGACAGGUACCAUCUGAUGCCUAUAAUCACCCCCGCGUACCCUCAGCAGAACUCCACGUACAAUGUGUCGGUCUCCACGAGGAUGGUCAUGAUUGAGGAGUUUAAGCAAGGGCUCGCUAUCACACAUGAGAUUUUGCUGAGUAAGGCAGAGUGGUCCAAACUUUUCGAAGCUCCAAGCUUCUUUCAGAAGUACAAGCAUUACAUUGUACUCCUAGCAAGUGCACCAACGGAAAAACAGCACCUAGAAUGGGUGGGCUUGGUGGAAUCAAAAAUCCGAAUCCUGGUGGGAAGUUUGGAGAAGAAUGAAUUUAUCACCCUGGCACAUGUGAACCCUCAGUCAUUUCCAGCACCCAAAGAAAAUCCCGACAAGGAAGAGUUUUGUACAAUGUGGGUGAUUGGGUUAGUGUUGAAAAGGCCAGAAAAUUCUGACGUGCUCAGUAUUGAUCUCACCUACGAUAUCCAGUCCUUCACUGACACAGUUUACAGGCAGGCGAUAAACAGUAAGAUGUUUGAGAUGGAUAUGAAGAUCGAUGCAAUGCACUUGAGAAAAAAGGAGCUCCACCAGCUACUGCCUAACCACGUGCUUCAGAAAAAGAACACGCAUUCUGCGGAGGACGUGGGGUUGGCGGCCUUGAGCGACAGCGGUCCCGGCUUGUCUGCGGCCAGUGAGAACAGCAGGGCCGCCGCGAAGGCGGGUGCUGGCCCUGGCGCCUGUCAGGGCAGGGACAGUCCGACCCUGGCUGUCAUGGCAGCUUCCGUGACCAGCGUGCACGUCACCGAAGUGUCCUUGCCGCAGGCGAGCCCCAGCGAGGACACACGGGGCGCGCCGAGUGACGGCCUGCCUCCGACGGGACCCCAGGCAGCCAUCUCCCUGCCACCGAAGCCCUCGAUCGCCAGAGUGGUCUCUUCCACACUUCUGGUGAGCCACCCGCCCAGGCCCUCGGGGGGCACAGCAGCCAGCAUGGCGAACCCUAUCGUGGGCGUCUAG